CUCCAGCUGUGGAAGGGAAUUCGAUCGGAGUCUCCGAGUAAUUCAUCCUGGCCGAGACCUAUAAAGCCAGCUUGCCGGGGAGUGGACGAAAUUGAAUCUAUCAUCUAUUAUACCCACGAUUGAACUUCACGCCUAAUAUCCUAUCCCCAGCAACAUGGCAGUUACGAGAGAUGAAGAGUAUGACCAAGCCCAUGUGACGGACUCAAUGAUGUUUCAUGGAGUCCUUCCACCGGAGGUGGCAAGAGAUCACUACCGCUUGAUGAAUACGCCAUCCGCAGACAGCCCAGUUGGCUUAGACACACCGACCGGGGCGGAUACUCCAAAGUCUGAACCAAAAGGUCGCAGACGAGGUCGCCCUCGGAUACAUGAGAGUGAGGAGAUGGCUAAUGACAAACGAAAGCGGCAGAUUCGUUUGGCACAGAGAGCCCAUCGGUCUCGCAAGGAGGAAAAGAUGUUAUUUCUUGAAACGCGAGUCGCAGAGCUGGAGACGAAAAUGUCGGAUAUUCGCAGGCUGUGUCUCAACCUAAGCACCGCUUUUGACACGGGGAUUCUGCCAGCCUGUCCGUCAUUGUUGCAGCCUCUGCAAAACGACCUACUUCAGCUGCUAUCUCUCAGCGAGCCCGCUCCACAGGCAAAUAAUAUGCCAAAUAUGGACUCCGCGCAGAUGAUGGACGGGGACAAUUUGCUAGAUCUUAGCUGGGAUGACGCACUGUUCAGUCAAAAUGAACUACGAAAUAUGGCUUCUCCCGUUCCCAGUGAUGAGUACACCAAUUCUGUCUUUUGGUCGAAUGGUCAUGACCAGAUUUAUCUCAACAGCUUCAUGGGUGGCAAUGACCUGGGCAUAAACCCUAAUCUCCAACCUGGUUUACAAACUGAUAUUUCGCUCCACGGCUCAAACUUAACAUGGGCUUGA